AACAAAAAUCAAUAAAAAUGGUGGCUAGUAUAUGGGUAAACCGAGUUCUCUGCGUCGUUUUUCGUAACUAAGGCCCUCAGUGAAACACAUAAAUGGUGAAAGUGACCGACGAGCCUCUGCCCCCCACGGUGGAACCCCCAAACUCUCACCUCUCCAACGCCGCAUCGUCGACCGCGUCGUCGAAUCAUAUGCACUCGUUAUCCCGCAAGCCUCGCCCACCUGCUCGUCAUGGUCACGCCCAUACCCACCACGCCCAUUUUCAACACUUCAUCCAUCACCAUCACUGUCCUUUUCCACCACCCGAGUGCGCGAACGCGUGUAACGGCGGCGGACCUCCCGUCAAGUUUUAUCUGGGGGCGGGAUUCGAACCUCAGAGAGUAGGUUUCUACGGGCCCGGGCCUAGUCAACGAAGCCAAGGGGAAUACGUGGUAUACUUGCACGUUAAUCCGGGCGUUACGAUUAAUUUUCAAAUUGGCGAUACCCUGGAGAUACUACGAGGUCCGGUGACGGUACCCAUGGUCUCGACAAAUUCCUCGCCGCCCAUCGCCAUGCCGGUACAAGUUCCGCCGGGUCACGUGGUGCAGCAGAUCGUCGACGAAAACGGUACUCUGCGUCACAUGAUCCUAUCGCCCUCGCACCACCCGCCCAGUUUACUGCCACUGCCCUCGCAUAACCCUCAACACUAUAGUGGUGGUCCGGGCAACGGCACAAACCAGUCGCAACAAUACUACCCAGGACUACCUGCGGGCUAUCCCCAGCAGCACUUCCAUUCCAACAUGCAGGGGGCUCAUCCUGUUCCUAGUCCGACGCAUAUGGGCCAUUCACCUCCUCCUAACCCAACUUACUAUAAGGACGAACGUACACAACGACAACACAUCAAACUGAAGAAGAAACUUCAAGAGAAACAUCAAAAGGUCGUGGGAGGCGAAAUGUCACCGCAGAAGGAUCUAGUGAACGGCCUAAAAAGGUCAUCGACGGCACAAGUAGUCAAGGACAAGGGCAUGAAUAGCGUCGGCACGAGCGAGGACGGCGAGGAAAGCAGCGUGCCCGACGAGGAAGAUACGGCGCAAAUGAUCAUGGACAUAUUGUCCUCCGUCCAGGCCCCAAAGGUUUCAGAACUAAGUUCCCGUAGUGCCUUAUUGCAAUGGGCGACGCCCAUUAAGCUAUCAGAGUCUGCCAGCACCGAUAGCGGUAGCCACGAGAUCGACAUCUCCGAAAAUGAUCUUCGCUACGAAGUGCUGUUGAGCGAUAAAAGCAAGGAGAUGAAAUACAAGUCAAUUUAUAACGGCGCCUCGCUAUCUUGUCGGAUUCAAGACUUAAAACCUGGUCAAGAAUAUUCCGUGUGUCUUCAAGUACAUCUAGACGAACUACAGGGUUCGGCGACGGAUCCUAUCAAAUUCAAAACGCCGCCAUGCGAACCCGAUCAACCCCAAGCUCCGAAAUUAGGCGCAAAAACGAAAAAUUCUCUGCAACUUAGGUGGAACCAGGUAAAUGACAACGGGGCGCAUAUCCUUUACUACACUUUAGAAUAUGACGCUGGCAAGGGUGGCGAUUUCGAAGAGGUGCUUAAGAGCCGGGGCAGGACACAAUUUAACCUUCAAAAAUUGCAACCAGCGACGGCCUAUAGAUUUCGAUUGGCCGUGGUCAACGAAGUGGGCAAAAGUGCUUAUUCCGAGAUUGCCACAUACAGAACAACGGAAAAUCCGCCGUCCCAACCCGAUCCGCCGUCACUGGUCGAGGCAACCCUGUCCAGCAUCCAUGUCAAGUGGGAGCGCAGACCUAAGGACGAGGAAUACACGCUACAGAUGAACGACCCCAAUACAAAAUACGGCCAUUUGAACGUGUACAACGGCCGCGAGACGUCCUACGUCUGCCAGAGGCUGAUGUGUUAUAGCGACUACACGUUCAGGUUACGGGCUUGCAACGAGGGAGGCACAUCCCCUUGGUCAGAAGAGGUAACAUACAAGACGAAACCCGACCGGCCGGGCAGACCGUCAAAACCAGUAGUCAAGGGACGAAUCCACGCCUAUUCGUUUAAACUGAAAUGGGAACCUCCCUCAGAUACGGGAGGAGCCGAAAUCACUAGGUAUAUCUUGGAGGUGAACUCCGGGAGUGGCUAUGAACCGGUCUAUUCUGGUCCCGAUACGGAAGCCGUAUGCGACCACUUAACCCCGGGCACGACUUACCAGUUGCGAGUUAGUUGCUCGAGCACGGGAGGCCAGAGCUGCCCCUCCGACCCCUGCACGGUGACCACCGACGCUAUAGCUCCCGGCCGUUGCGGAACUCCCAAGCUAGUGGGACGCGCCAAAUCAGAUUCCCUAACUGUACGGUGGACAGAACCCGAUUAUAAUGGCGGCGCACCCGUAUUGGAUUAUGAGCUUGAAAUGAUAAAUCCCGAAUCUAGUCCUACUAUAGUGCACAAAAGCAAAGAACUGGAAUGCACGGUGUCGUCAGGCGUUCAACCGGGCGCGGAAUAUUCUUUCGCGGUGCGAGCGGUGAACCGAAUCGGCGCGGGGCCGUGGUCGGAGGUGCUCAAGGUGGCGUCGGGGGCGGCGCCCCCACGCGCUCCCGAGAUACCCGCCCUACGUUGUCGAUCGCCUUACCACGUAAGCAUCGAGUGGCACGAGCCGCCUUCAAACGGAGCACCGAUCACCGAAUACAGGUUAGAAAUGAGUCCCGAUUCCGUCGACGACGGCCGCCUCUUCGCCAACAUUUACCAAGGACCCCAUCAUUCCUACGAGGCCAAGUCUCUUACCCCGUUCCGGAAAUACUUUUUCCGAGUGCAGGCUGCCAACUCGGCCGGACUCGGACCGUAUUCUCCUAUAGCGGCCACCAUGACGUCCGCGGCGCCGCCAUCGACGGUUUCCGUAAUACGAAGCGAAUCCACUCCGUCGACGAUCACUCUCUAUUGGUCCGAGCCUGCCUGCAACGGGGCAGAAAUCAGCCACUACAACAUCGAAAUCGGGGAUAAAGUCGUGGAGACGUCGGGACCCGUGACGGAAUGGAAAUUGGACGGCCUACAACCGGAAACGAAUUAUAAGGUCAAAGUUCAAGCCGUCAACGCCAUGGGGGCGGGAUCGUUGUCCGCGACCUGGCGAACAUCGACUCUACGACUCCCUCCCGCCCCGCCCACGCUCAGCUGCGUCGGGACGGGUCAUACUUACCUGAAACUCAAGUGGGGCGACGGCAAGAACCUAGAUUACACCCAGUAUUCAGUAGAAAUGGAGAACCAAAGGUCGCGCGAGUGGCAGUGCGUGUACAAAGGUACCGCUUUGUCAUGCAAGGUGAACAAGCUGCAAGAAUUGACCAAGUACAGGUUUAGGAUAAAUGCCACAAAUGACGCGGGAGUGGGCGAAUUUUCUGAUGAAUACGAAUUUAGCACCUGCAUAGCGUCGCCAGUUGCCGUAAAAAUUCCUAAAACCUUAGAAGUUGACCAGAGGACUUGCACAAUUGAAUGGCCGGCAUCGAAAAAUUCGUUUUGUGAUCCGGUUAUUUACGUGGCCCAGUUGGCCAGGCGAAAGGAUCAAAUUUUUAAACAAGUAUAUAAAGGAUCUGAAACUAAGUGCUCUCUCGAAGAUUUAGAACCGGGUGUCGAAUAUUGUGCUCGCGUUUGUCCGGUGCGGCUCACAAACUCCGGCGAACUACCCGGAUGUUAUUCGCCAAUUUUAAACUUUACCAUGAUGACGGCCGAGGUAUCUGCGGUAACCAAACUAUCUCCGGCCAACGUUACGCCAACGCACACGCCUAAGAGUCGAAAUUUGACCCAAGUAUGGCAGUCGGUGUCAUUUAGAAAAUUUUUCGAAGAAAAUUUAGUGUACAUUAUCGCAUUGUUUAUUACCGUCGCUGGUAUAGUCAUAUCGCUUGGUAUAGCAUCAUUUUUGUAAGUGCAAUUUACCGAAAGAUUUUGAGACUAUUGCGUAACUUUUGAUGUUGGACGUUUAACCGUUAACUCUGUAAAAGAGAUCUCCAAAAAAAACGUUUUGUGGGUUAUUCGGUUUACAUUUUCAUUAGAGAUAAUAAUAAAUUUGAGUCAAAAUUAGUCGGUCAAGAUAAUCCGUAAUCAAAGGCCGUUUUCAUUAAGGAACAAUGUCGAAAUAGUUGAUUAAAAUUUGAAGUGAGAAAAUUUCAAAUUUCAUAUCGACGGUGAGCGUUGCCCAACAUCAAAAUUUGAAAUAGAUUUUCAAUCUCUUUCAUUACGAGAACAUAGUAUUAUUCGACAGGGCUUUUUUUAAUUAUUAUCGUAAAAUCGUGUUAGAUGUUAUCUUUUUUAACUGUGUAGCGGACCAGAGCUCAGAUGUUUUGGUAUUUUUAUACGUGUCCGUAUUCUACGAGUGGUGCUAAUAAGAAUCUAAUGAUGUGAUGUGUCAGACGGCCUUUUUCAAAAAAACGGCCGUCCGUGUUGUUAUUCCAGUCAUCCCUGUAUAUUUCUUUUUUAUAUAAUAUACUAUGUGGUUGAUGGUAUUAUUAAAUUUAUUAAAUUAUUUUAAAUGCAAAAACAGAAAAAUAAGUUUUUACUGUGGCUGGAAGCAUAUGUACCUAGAGAAUAUUAUACAUUUAUUGAUUUAUAAAAGAUUAUAUACCUAUAUAUAUAUUGCAAUUUGUAUUAUAGGAUGACGAGACAAUUUAAGCACUAAAUUUAAAGAAUAAAAAUAGAAAAAAAAUUACUGUUUUAAUCUAUAUGACGAAUAUAUUAUGCUAUAGUUGGGAAUUGUGUGUGAGUGCGGCGAGCACCUUACCGCACGAGAGAUUAUAUAUAUAUUAAUAUAUGCUAUAGGAAAAUACAUAUUCA